CUCUAUGAACAAUCUAGCACACAAAAAUGGAGGAAGCAUCUAAAACCAUUGCACACAAAUCGGAGGUAUCACAACGAAGAAGAAGAGAGAAUUAACAUAUCAAUUUUCAUUUUUCAUUUUUUUUUGUUUAAAAUAAAAUCAAAUUGGUUCAAUCUUCGUUUUCGUUCCCAAAUUUUCAUCGAUCUGAGAAAUUCUAUUCGAAUUUUUAGGUUUGAGGUUGUUCGAUUGAAAUUCAUUGCAACGUGGAUGUUGUUGAUUCGUGAGAUUUUGAAUUUUGUAGAUUUUGAAAUUCUGUUCUAGAUCGUUUGCUGUUGUUCAAUGGCCUCGGCUCAGGUGCUAAACUAGGUUGCGGUGAAGGUGGUUGUGGGGCUUGCACUGUUAUGGUCUUUCAUUAUGAUACAAAUUUGAGGAAAAGCUUACACUUUGCUGUAAAUGCUUGCUUAGCACCUCUAUAUUCUGUUGAAGGGAUGCAUGUGAUUACAGUGGAGGGACUUGGAAGCUGCAGGCAUGGUUUGUACCCUAGUUAUCUUGUACCUGGAUCACUUAUACCUUGUUUGGAUUAUAAAUGUGUGAUGUACAUGGUAUAUUAACCAAUAAAUGUUGCUACAAAAUAUUAUUUCAGAUUGCCCUAGGCUUCCAUCUUUUUUGGGCUUGGUAUGACAGCCUUGUUUGAUGUUAAAUUGAAUAGUAUUUUGAUUUCAGUUAUACUUUCUCUAGCAACGCUUGUUUAGAUUAGGUUUUUUCUUCAGUGGGCUUCCUUCUUCUCUUAAUAAGAAUUUUUGAUCAAUUCAUACUUUUGUUCUAUUCAUGGUACUGCUCCCGAAAUGAACUUUUCUUUUGGUACGUGCUUUCUGUGUAUCCUAUGGAGAUUUUGCCCUUUGUCUCCAAUUAUCUCAUCUUUCCCUUCAUUUACAAUAUGUGGCCAUCAUGUCCUAUGGAAAUUUGCCUUUUGUUUCAAGUUUGAGGAUGCCACAAAGAUCUUCCUCACAGGUAGACCGUUCAGGUCUUGCACCUUUGGAAGAUUUAGCUCAAGAUGUGAAUGGAGCUAGUUUACUUGGUACAGGACUGAUGAAUGAAGUGCUUUAUUAUAUUAACUGCAGUUAUAUAAAUUGCAGUACUUUUAUAUCAUGAUGUAUGACUUUCUACAUUCUGAAAAGGAUUUCUUAUCUCAGAGCAUGCUCAUGUCGGUAUUCCCUGUAUUGUCUGUGCCUUGUAUGAAAUAUUUACCGCUCUAGACCUUGCUUCAAAGGAUUCAAGGAGAGAAGCAGUUGCACCUACUUCCCUGCGGAUAGCUCUAAGCAACCUAUAUCCAGAGAGUAACUUUUUCCAGGAGGCUCAGAUGAAUGAUGCUUCCGAGGUACUGGGAGUAAUAUUUGACUGCCUUUAUCAAUCAUUUACCCGUGAUUCAGGUGUUUCUAAUGCAGAAUCAGUGGAAAGUAACUGCACGGGGUCUUGGGAUUGUGCAGUUGAUAGUUGUAUAGUACAUUCGCAUUUUGGGUUCAACUGGAGUAAAGUUUUCUGACGUGGCUGGAAUUGAUGAUGUUGUAGAUGAACUUCAAGAGGCCUGGGGUUGAUGAAGUUAAAGAAAAACUUAAGCAUUUGGGUGCUGCUGGAGUUUUCACGGAGAAUGAAUUGGAAGUGAAGAAUGUCAAGAGUCUUCUGGAUGGUAUACCUGAACCUGCAUUGGGAUUUAACUGCGUUGGUGGCAAUUCUGCUUCUCUGGUUCUCAAAUUUUUAAGUCUGAAUUCCACAACAAUUGAAGGACCUUUUGUUCAAGAAUUCACUUUUCCUGCAAAUUCAACCUUCAAUAGUUGUCAUGCUUCUACCAUUGUUGAGGUUGAGAAGGGUCAUUUUUUGGUUGCAUAUUUUGGGGGCACAUCAGAGGGUGCACCUGAUGUCAAAAUAUGGUUGCAGACUUACAAGAAUGGAAUAUGGAAACCACCUAUAGUAGCUGAUGAAGAAUCAAAUGUUCCUAUGUGGAACCCUGUACUCUUCAAACUUCCAUCAAAUGUUUUACUGCUUUUCUACAGAAUAGGCCAAGAUGUUCAAAAAUGGAGUGGAUUCAUGAAACGGUCAUAUGAUAAAGGUAUUACAUGGACAGAAAGAGAACAACUUCCGCCUGGUAUAUUAGGACCUAUAAAAAAUAAGGUGAAACCAUAAACCACUCAAAACAGUACUCAAUUUUAUGAUCUUAAUUAGUACCGAAAUUCAUUUUUGAUUUUGUUCAGCCUCUCUUGUUGGAGAAUGGUGACUUACUUUGCCAUUUUGCACAAUAUCAUGCAAAAUUAAUAUACUAUAUUCUAUGAAAGUGAAAAUGUUGAAGCUGGGUAUAAAAUAGAACACUAAUACUUUGCCAUUUUGCACAAUAGCAUGCAAAAAACAUGCAAGAGAGGUAGUAAAUUGAAAAUUACUAGUAUUCUAUUGGUUCACAAGUAUUUCUGGGCUUUUUGGCAAGCAUGAGUUGUGUGGAGAAAAUUUGUGGCGGCUAAGCAUUUGUUGAGUAUAUCACUUCUACCCGAUUAUCAUGUAAAUUUUAAUAGUCAACCUUGUUCAAGAUAUGGGAGAGGGAAUGUGUCUUUUGGCUCAAAGUCACGCCCAGUUCGUUACAUGUGCGUGACACAGUUCCAUCUCACUUUGCCAUACGACACUUUGCCACAAGAAUUCUCAUCCACACCACCUCUUUCUUCUGAUGCAGUAGUUGGUUUUCAUGACUCAAAACUUGUAAGCUCUCUUCAACACUACUUGCCAUGUGAUUGUGAUUGAUCUCACCUUCUUAAUGUUUUUUAAUUAAUCAUAUAUGUGGAUAGUUGAUUUUGUAUACUUUCAGGAACCUCUUAAAAGUUUUCCACAGUUGCUAGUAAUGGCUCAUGAGUUAGGAAUACUUACAAAUAUUAACACAUUAUCUCAUAUGUUUAGACGAAGAAAGUGAAAAACAGAGCUAGUAAAAUAAAAAGAACACAACUCUGACAUACUUUGUAAUUCCAUUCUUUCAUGGAUGACAUUAAAUGUAAUGAAGUGAAGAUGUGUAUACGUCUUAUGGUAUCUGGCGUACCUGCUACGGUGGAGCACCGAGCCAUUGCGGCAACAGGCACGUCCACCUUGGCUGCCUUUAUGGCCAAGUGUGUUUAUAAUUUCAUUAAAGCAAUGGAUUUGUUGAAAUUGAACAUGGUAGUUGUGGAUUAGGUGCAUCCUUUGCUCUCAAACCUUUAUGGUUCACUUAACAAAUUGACGAUUUUGUCGUCGGGUUUUGAGGGGAAAAUAAAAAUGAAGGAUUGGACUGAUUUAUGUACCAGAACAGUGGCGUAGAGGAGCAUCAAAUGAACCAAGCAUCAAAUGAACCAAAAAACAAGUGAAGAUAUACCGAAUUCUGAAGAAAUGUUGCCAAAACAAAAGCCAAAGAAGAAGAAGAAAACUUAUAUAUGAAGAAAGUGUUAUGACUUAGUUAAAAUAUAAUUUUUAUGUGUAUGAUUUUAUAGUACUUGAAAUAUUAUGA